AUGCGCGCCUGGCUUGUCGUGUGUGCGGCGCUCGCGCUGGCGCCGUGCCGAGCGACCGCUGCCGCCGCCGCGCACGCGCACCGCACGCAUCCCCCUCAUCCCCCGCACACACAGCAUCCGACCGACCCUCAGCGCCUGGAGCGCAUCAAGUCACAAAUAUUAGCCAAGCUGGGGCUCUCAGCGCGUCCAACGCCACUUGGGGCGCCGCCGCGCGACGUGGUGCGCCAGAUACUUGCGCGAGCCGCCGACCCUCGGCCGCCGCCGCAACACCACGACACAGACAACGAACACGCAAUGCGAGAAAUCAUUGCAAUAGCACAUAGAGGUACACAGACAGACAAACGACUGACAUCACUACCAACAGUAGACAAAUUUAAUAACGGUUUUGAAUCACAUGAAACUGAAACGACACAUGAAUCUUCAAGUUUUUUGGCGCUGUGUUUACAACGGAACGUAAUGUUGGGAUUCUGCAGCAGCAUGCUUAAGAAGACCCGGCCGGUGAACAUGGACUAG